GCUUCGAUGGGUCCCCGGGUCCCAAAGGAAUCCAAGGUCCAAGUCAGGCUGGUCCCAAGGGCAUGAAGGGCGAACGUGGACGUGAGGGAAUGAACGGACAAUUUGGCAUGCCCGGUCAGAUGGGAUAUAAGGGUGAACCGGGCUAUCAGGGACUUGAGGGAUCCAUCGGAGACAUGGGUCCUCCAGGAAUGCCUGGCGAUGACGGAGCAUGGGGCCUACCGGGAUUGUCAGGCUUCUUCGGCAGACCAGGCCCCAAGGGCAGUAUGGGCGAACGCGGACUCAGUGGCCCUGUUGGUCAACCCGGCUAUCCUGGCCUUGACGGCAUGCGUGGUGACGCCGGGGACCCUGGACGUCGCGGUUUCGACGGUCGAGAAGGUAAGUCCUCUGGACAUUUUAGUCUCACCAGACGAUUCUCCGGCAAACAAUUCCAGGCGGGUUCAUUAGACUUGCACUCAUGCGCAGCUGAGCGAAUAAUACGUAGAUAA